AUGAGCCGGCUGCUGCCUCGGUUCCCCAAGCAGCCGCUUGCAAUAGAACAAAUUUUAGCGGAGAAGGGGAGAGUUGAUGCUCUGAGCAGCCCCGCCUGGAUGGAGCUUCUCAACCAGCUGCUGCAAGUGAACCCAGAUAACCGCAUCAGUGCUGCUGAGGCGCUGCGGCUGCCGGUCUUCAAGGAUUUGCCUGCUUCUGCUUAUUUAUAA